AUGAAAGUUAAUACCAUAUCAGAUGCAAUUCUUGUCAAAUGUCCAUCCAAGAAAUACAGACAUUCAAAUGUUAAUGAUACCUUUAAUACAAAUGAUUUGUUGGACAAUCCACAAUUAACAUUUCGUACUGAAAGAAACAUCUUUGUCUGGUCAACUUUUGUAUUUAAUGUAAAUAAAGAAAAUAUAAUUCUUUGUGGACAGGUUGCUAUAAAACGUGAUGAAGAAAAUCAUAUGCAUAAAAAUUGGAAGUUUAAAUUGAAUUGGCAGUCUCAACCAAAACAAUUAGAAAUGGCAAAGAAAGAAAAAUUAUCAAAAACACUUCCUACACCUGAUAAAUGUGGCAACAAUCCAGCUACAAUUGUUAAAUUUACCAGAGAUAAACAAGAUAUUAUGAAGCGUGCCAAUAUAAAUAAUGGUGAAUUGAAGGAAGCAGAAGAAUUACCUCAUGCCAAUAAAUUAUAUUACUAUUUUGUUGUUCCUGAUGAUAAUUCUAGUCUGGAACAUGUACCUCCUUGUGCAAUUAUUAGAGCAGUUAAUGAUAAACCAGAAAUAAAAAUUAAUGGUCAAGAACAUCCAGUAUCUCCAAGGAACAACAAAAUUUAUGUUAUUAAACGAGAAACAAUGACGGAAGUCUUCAAUAUAAAACUUCACUUGAUGUCUCCAGAUGCUCCUGAUUUUUAUAAAGGUGAAAAAAUUUUAAUGAAAGAAAUGAGAUAUGCAGAGUCAAGUAUUGCAGACAUACCAAAUACUGAUGAAAUGAUAAUGGACAGUUUUACUCUCCAUCAAUUUAAAAUACUGAAGUUUACCUACAACUAUCCAACAAUUGAAAAUGAUAACGUUGUAGAAAAAAUAUACUAUUUUGGACCAAUGAAAGAUGAUUAUACACUUCCAAAUCAGGACAUAUUAUAUCUGGCAAAUGAAACGUCCAUUCAACCAAAUUGUACCAUUAAUGGAAUCACAUAUGGAUAUUUUGAUUCUCUCACUUAUGAAAAUAAAACUAUUAAAUUAAAUGAAUUUAUUAAUAAUGAAAAGGAUAAUUUUGAACGUUCUGGAGAUUAUAUUAUUUUAAAAAAUAUUAAAAUCAACAUAAUAUUUUUAAAUUGCCGUUAUAUUACUCCAACUGGAAUAAUUAAAUUACCACAAACAUUUAUAAAAGGAAAAAAAGUAUUUAUGGGAAAAAAUGAAAAAGGAGAAGAAGAAUAUAAAUUAAUACCAAUAAGUGAUGAAUCAGAAUAUGAAAAAAAAUUAGCUGAACAAGAUCAAAAGAUAGCAGCAAUGAAAAAAUCAUUUUUUGAAAAACUUAAAGAUAAUAUUGGAGCUGGUGGUGCAUAUGGAAUUAUAAUUGGAAUAAUUUUAAUUAUUCUUGUCAUUAUAACAAUUGCUGCUAUAUUCUGUUACAUUAAAUUAAUAAGACCAAUUAUUAUAAAGAAAAAAAUUAUAAAAACAUAUCCUAAUAUAUUUGAAUUAUGGGAUCAAAUAUCAAAAGAAGACCUAGAAACGUAUUCUGAAAAUGGUAUAAAAAAAGAAUAUAUUUCAGAUGGUGUACAAAAUUUUGAAUAUAAAAAAAUAGAAGAAGGUGGUGAAGAAAUUUUUACUGAUACAAUCUCUCUUUUUGAUAAAAAUUUGGUCAAUUGUUUUAAAGAUAUUAAUGAAGAAAUAACUGCUUAUUGUAUUAAUAAUAUAUCACCAGAAAGAAAGUAUAUUAUAUCAGAUGGACCAACAAAAGAAAAACUAAAUUAUUUUUGGGAAUUACUAUAUCGUGAAAAUGUUAAAGUAGUUGUUGCUUUUAUUGAUCAACCAGAUAAUGAUAUUUCAAUUGAUGAUAAAAAUUUUAAUUAUUGGCCAAAAAAGAAAGAAAAAUAUGGAAAUGUAACUGUUCAAUUUAUAAAAAAUUUAUCAGUAGAUGAAGCUUCUCAUUUAUCAAUUACUAAAUUUGAAAUGACUGUAAAUGUAGGAAAACCAAAAGAAUUAACUCUUUUUCAUGUUAAAAAUUGGAAUGAACAUGAAAUUCCUAGAUCUGAUCUUUAUCUUACCAAGUUAUAUGAAGUUAUUUCUCCAUAUACAGGUGGUAGUAAAAUUCUUAUUCAUUCUUCACAUCAACCUGACAAUCGUGUUUAUAUAUUUAUGUAUUUUUCUUGUAUUUUUGAAGUUAUGAAAAAAGAUAUAAAUUCUACCAAUCCAAUGAUAAUUAUAAAAAAUAUUCGUGAAAACUUUUAUGGUGGAAGUAUUUCAGCUAUAGAAUAUACAUUUAUUAUAAAAUCUCUUAUUUCAUAUUUUAUGGAAAAACAAAUGCUCAUUGAUUUAAUAAAUCAUGGAUUGACAUUUACUGAACAAUAUAAUAAUUAUAAAUAUAAAUUUGAUAUUUAUGAAUCUUAUGAAGAUAGUUCUAUUAAAAGUUUUAUAAAAUUUGUUGGUUUGAUUGACUAUGGAAAAUUAAGAUAUUUUUAUGAACGAUUCAUUAGAACACAAAUAAUUAAUGAAAAAGUUUUAAACAAAAAAUGUUCCCGUUUUUAUUCUAUUCUUAAAACAGAAAGAAAAAAUAAGAUAUGA